CUUCGAGCUACGAUCCCGUAUAGUUUAUUGCAAGUGAUUCGCUUUUGCUACCUGCUUGCUGUCCCCCUGCUUGUGCACAGUACUGGUACCAGCACAAAGCCAUGACUCAUGGCUUUGUGACCGGAUACGGCCGACCAUUUAUCCGAGCAGUCUGCGACUGCACUUUCGAAUUCAAGAUGGACCAGCAAAAGCUCAAAAGGAACCUCCUCCCGCGCAAUAUGAACCGCGUCGACUACUGUGAAGUGGCCAGCGACGAAAGCGGUGGCAGCGGCAGCGACAGCGACGGAAGCGGCGGCAGCGACAGCGACGGAAGCGAACAAGACGACCACGACGCCCACAUGCGUCGCACCGAUGCUAGCGAAGCGAAGGAGGAGGGCGACGACUGCGGCGUCUUAUACGACAGCGACAGCGACGACAAUGAUGCGCUUCUGAAGUUGUUUCGGCAAAAGGUACCGCCGACGAUUGACCGCGGGGCCAAGAUGGGCGCUGAGUCUUGGUCUGUCGGCCAGUAUGUGGUUUUUUAUAUGCUCCACAAGCUGGUUUCGAUGUUCGUGCAUAAUGGGAUGUACAACGUCAUCGCGAAGGCGUUCGGCGUUGUGGGCGACGAAUGGCAUGCAAUUUUCGAAAUGAGAUAUCAAUGCAUCAAACGAAGCUUGAAGCACAGAGAAGACGAGGCGUUCGAAGCCUCGGAGCUGAACCUACUCUUGCAUCCCGGCAAGUUGACAACUUUCAAGGAGCUCGAGAAGCAGCUUCCUGAGAAGAACCCAAGAAGUAUCAUGCGCGAAUUUAUUCGCAUACAUGCCAAGAAGACCGCAAACGCGAUGCAGUCACGUUUCCCAAAGCUGACUCGCGUGCCCAAGCACGCAAAAGCCGCCCAACCGAGCGACGGCCACACCGACCAAGUCGCCGAUCUGUCACCGCCGCAAUGGAUCGAUGACCGAGCUGAGAUCAAGAAGCAGCGUUUGGCCAUGGGUCCAAAGCCAUGCCCGCUCGACAAGUUCUGGUACUUUUGCGACGUUGUCAACGAGUAUAAGGACAAACUCGCCACCAUAACGAAGGGCGGCGGCUGGACUCUCCUCCAAGACUUCCACCUGAUGAUUGCGGUGCAUGUGACCAACACCAACUGGGACCGGGUCGAGGCGCUUGUCAACUCCAAGGACUCGCGUUGGGGCACCACCGAAGAGAAAGCGAAGCAGAGAUACAAGGCCCUGGGUCAUUACAGGGUGCCAGAGGGUGUCAAGCUUACCAUCGCCGAGUCCGAAUGGCUCAAGAAGAACCUGGCGGCGUGGCCAGACGCCUACCCCGACAAGUCUUUCGACCAGCUCAUAGAUGACAUCAAGACGACUAAGCCCGAGUAUUGCAAGUUCAAGAAAAGCGAGUUUCGAGAUUGGUUUGCUACGGCCAAGGUCGCGUGGCUGCUUCGACCCCUCGUCCCUGCCAACGCCAACCGAGGCGCCACGACCGAGCCAUCGCUGACGACGGCCAACCUCGUCCGCGGCAGAAACAAGGGUGCGGUAUCACCACCUAAGACCCAAGGCCCAACCAAGAAGGCCCGGCGACGCCGUCCUCGCGGCUGCAACGAUCUCGCGCAGCAAGCUCUCGGUGUGUUUGCCGUGUACCUGCGCUUCUUCCACACUCACACCGAGCCGAUGUUCGGGAUCGAACGUCGGUGGGACGAGGAUAUGUCGAAGGUCCCCACGCCUACGGAAACAAGUCUCGGCAAGAAGGCGAAGCUGCAGCAGGCAUUGAGCAAGCGCAAGCGUGCCGACCAAUUGCAGUACCAAGAAAGACAGUAAGUAAGCGUACGGGUAGCAUCACUCGAGUAAGACGAUUAUUUGUAACGUGAACGACGUAUUCCUCUUCGGGUCCUGAA